GUCUGAAUAGAGGAUCUUCGGCUGUGAAUGAGAUGUCUCACUCGGACUCUUUCAUCGGUUUAUUUUCUGUAAAGACUCAGUAGCGGCUCGAAUCAGAUCGUUAUGGACAUUACAGGAGCAGAAGUCUGAAGGAUCAACUCCUCCUCUGAAGAGAUGAAGACAUGACACCUCCUCCUCCUCCUCCUUCCUCCUCAUCCUGAGUCAUGCCCACCAACCAGUCCUCCCCGUGGGUGGGGCCAAAGCUGCAGGCAUGCUCAGAGGCAGAAAACCACGCCCCCACCACUGCCCCCAUCGCCGCCAUGGCAACUAAAGUGCCUUUGAGUCUGGACCAGUCCAGGAGACAGGACCGAGCCAAACCUCCCUCCUCCUCCUCCUCCUCCUCCGCCGCCUCCACCUCGGGGUGGGAGAGAGGAGACGCCAAGAAAACCAGGAGCCGACCCCCCCCUGUGCCUGAGACCCCCGCGCAGCAGCCUAAUGGGAAAGGGGCGGGGCCUGGAGACCACAGGGGGCGGGGCUACGACGUGUCAUUAAUGUGUCAAGAUCUGUUUAUUAGAGGAAGAACGAGUCUGCAGCAGCCUGAACCUGCAGACUCCUCCUCCUCCACCUCCUCCUCCUCCUCCUCCUCCUCCUCCUCGGCUCCUCACCUGUGCCUUAGUGUCCUCCACCACCAGGAGGCAGCGUUGGGGAAAGACGUCUCCUCCCAGAGGAUCCAAAAUGGCCGCCCAGCCUCUCCAUCCAACCAGGAUGCUCUGGGGACACACACAGGAGGAACUACAUUUCCCAGCAGCCUCAGUGCCAGUCAGGCCUCCACAGAGCCAACAGGAGUUGCUCCCUCAGACGUGGCCUCCGUCACCUCCCAGAUCUCCUCCUUCCACCUCCCCAGACAGGAGCAACCGACCACCUCCUCCUCCUCCUCUGCCUCCUCCUCCACCUCCUCACUGACGGAGGAGGUGUCUGGAGUCCAGGGGGGAGCUGUGCAGGUGGAUGUGGCGGAGGAGGAGCUUCCUGACGAGCUGGAGGCGUCCUGCAGCGACGACGACGCUUCAGACUGCUCCUCCAUCAUUGGGAGCUCCUCCUCGUCCUCCAUCGUCCUCCUGUCCAGUGUGGAGGAGCCGAUGUCUGUGGAUCCUGGAGAACCUGGAGAACCUGGAGAAGAACGUCCUGCUCUGGUUCCCAGUUUGUUUCCCCUCGUUCCUCCAACGCUUUACUUCAGCACAGCCAACGAGAAAGUGGAGCUGCUGCCGACGGAACAGAAACGACAUUUAAAGUGGAAGAUGAGCGCCGUCACUCCCAACGUGGUCAAGCUCAUCGUGGCCAGAUCCCACUUCAAGACCACCAAGAAAAACCAUGACUGGUUGGGCUGCUGGGGACACCACAUGAAGUCUCCAGGCUUCAAGACGCUGGGAGAACACCAGAAGUUGAACCACUUCCCGGGAACGUUUCAGAUCGGCAGGAAGGACCGACUCUGGAGGAAUCUCUCCAAGAUGAAAGCCCGCUUCGGCAAACAGGAGUUCAGCUUCUUCCCUCGCACCUUCAUCCUUCCUCAGGACAUCAAGCACCUCCGUAAGGCCUGGGAGGACAGCGGCUCCCGGCAGAAAUGGAUCAUCAAACCUCCUGCGUCUGCCCGAGGAACCGGGAUCCAGGUUAUUCACAAGUGGAGCCAGAUGCCCCGUAAGAGGCCGCUGCUGGUGCAGAAGUACCUCCACAAGCCCUACCUCAUCGGCGGGAACAAAUUCGACCUGCGGAUCUACGUCUAUGUGACGUCCUACGAGCCGCUGAGAAUCUACAUCUUCUCUGACGGACUCGUUCGAUUCGCCAGCUGCAAGUAUUCGUCUUCCAUGAAGACUCUGGGCAACAAGUUCAUGCACCUGACCAACUACAGCGUCAACAAGAAGAACUCAGAGUACCAGGCGAACAGCGACGACAAGGCCUGUCAGGGACACAAAUGGGCUUUGAAGGCCUUGUGGCAGCACCUGGGCUCAAAGGGCGUCAACACAUCCUUGAUAUGGGAGAAGAUCAAAGACAUCGUCAUCAAAACCGUGAUUGCGUCGGAGCCGUACGUUAACAGCCUCCUGAAGAUGAACGUCCGGACGCCGUACAGCUGCCACGAGCUCUUCGGCUUUGACAUCAUGCUGGACGAGAACCUGAAGCCCUGGAUCCUGGAGGUCAACAUAUCACCCAGUCUUCAUUCCAACACGGCGCUGGACGUCUCCAUCAAAGGUCAGAUGAUCAGAGAUCUGCUCAACCUCGCCGGGUUCCGUAUUCCCAGCAGAGACGAAGCGUUCAGCCCCUGCAGCAGCGCAUCCAGCUCCACCAGCAGCUUGUGUGGAGGCAACAGGGAGAGAUCGAAGCCGGAUCUGUCCGCCGACGAGAAGGUGAAACGGGCGUUUUACCUCACGCAGCGCUGCACUGACCAGGACUUCCUGUCCUCUGUGCUGGAUGUCCUGACUCCUGAGGACGUCCGGGUUCUGGCUGAGAGCGAAGACGAGCUGAGUCGUCGAGGAGAGUUUGAAAGAAUUUUCCCGUCGCCGUCGUCGUCCCGCUACCUUCGCUUCUUCGAGUGUCCGAGAUACCUCAACAUCCUGAUGGACCAGUGGGAGCAGAAGUACUGGAACAACCGGACCAAAGGGAUCAGUCUGCUGACGACUUUCUGCCAGAAAGGAGUUCAUCUGGGAACCAGCGAUCCAGCUCACAUGUGGUCCAAGUGUAGCUACGUCUCCAGGUUUGAAGCCCACAGACCAGACCUGGUUAGUCCAACCAGACCCAGGUCCAGAUCCAGGGUGCUGGUCAGUCUUCACCAGGCCGGCGAUGGAGACGGUCCAGAGAGUUCCGGGUCAAGUUUCGGUGACAGCUCCUGAACCAGCGGCAGCCAGAACCAGGCCUCGCUCUCUAUCGGAUCAGAUCUGGUACCUGAACGGUCACGAAGCUCAGGAUCAUCCCCAAAACAAACCUUCCUACGGACUCUUAACAUCUGAAAACUCUCUGUCUGGGCCGGAAAUAAGAAGCCGCUACGAUAUACGCCAACGUCUCAGAACAUUGCCCUGAAAUCAAAAUGGCCGCCAAGUCCAGAACCAGACCAGAUGUUUUCAUGUUCCACUAGAAUCUGCCAAUCACUUUGCGAGAGUUAGAUAAGUUCUGAUCGACGCUGGAGGAAGACGUUACAACGUUGUGCUUAGUCUCUUACCACUAGUUUAUAUCAUUUCCUGUUUUGUUUUUUCCUUUUUGCCUGAACAUCACGACGCAACAAGACGCCGGUCGACCUUUAGUUGGUAUUAAAACAUCGUCUCUAGUUCUGGUUCAAUGAGAAUAUGUCCACAACAACAUGAUGUUAUUGAAUAAAUAAAAUUAUUCCUAGUCUCCCUGCUAAUAUUAGCUCCUCCUAGCUUCCUUACUGACACUAGCUUUUCCUAGCCUCCCAGCUAACAGCAGCUCUUCCUAGUUUCCUAGCCUUCAUUAGCAUGUUAGCCUGACCAUAUUUAAGUGGUUUUGAGAGUUGCAUGAGGACAUUUUUAGAGCUAAAUAAGCUAACCAAAGCUAAAGCUAACACAGAGGAGAGUAGGAGCAGGUUUACACUACGACCGUCGUUCUCAUGCGUUCAGCCUGGAGGUACUUUGAGAUUACGUUUAUUUUAGCUUUUGAACCGUGUGCCAUUUUUGAUCUGAACCCAGUUUGAGGCGCUGCUGUGUUUAACUCAUUUUAACUCAAUUCUUUUUUAAAAAAGGGCUUUUUUUUCCACUUUUCUGUGACGAUGCAAGAAUCUUCUUCUUGAAAACUGUGAGGAAUUGAAAGAGUUGCUCGUUUUCAGCCGCCAACGUUUUAAUUAUUGCGUCUCCGUCCAGAGGAAAACCAGGAGUCGCACAAAAGCACGAACGAUGGCGGCGUCUGAAACAAGACGCAGAAGACAAAGAAUAAUUUAUUGUGUCCUCAGGAAACUUGUUUCUAAGAAUAAAUCUGCUGUACUUUAAAAAAUGACUUGAAAUGUUUGGACACUUUGUCUUGUUUUAACUAAGAGGUGGAAUAAAAGGUGGCGUGGACUGUU